UCAGUCCGCAACUCUGUGCUUUCUCCUUCACUGUGCCCUAUUGCGCGAGACAGAACGUUCUGAAACUUCGCUCAUCGCCCCUUAAAUAAGAGUCAUGUCAGACAAAGGCGGAGAGAAGGCGAGCCUGGUGAGGAAGGAGGGGGAGAGUCCAGCAGCACAGGCCAGUCAGAACAAAGGAGCUCCCUGUGUGCCAUGUUGCCACAAGGUCACCAUGGCUGUUCCUCCUGCAUACUCAGACCUGGGAAAAUCCGCCAAAGACAUCUUCAGCAAGGGCUAUGGCUUUGGAAUUGUGAAACUGGACCUAAAGACCAAGGCCCAGAGUGGAGUUAUGGAGUUUGCGACCUCGGGCUCCAGUAACACAGACACAGGGAAGGCAGCAGGUAACCUGGAGACCAAAUAUAAGGUGAAGGAGCUGGGCCUGAGCUUCAACCAGAAAUGGAACACAGACAACACCCUGACCACCGAGGUCUCCAUAGAGGACCAGUUGGCUAAGGGCUUGAAGCUGGCUCUGGACACAUCGUUCGUGCCCAACACUGGUAAGAAGAGUGCCAAGCUGAAGACUGGUUACAAGCGGGACUUCAUCAACCUGGGCUGUGACCUGGACUUUGACAUGGCCGGCCCCACGGUCCACGCUGCUGCCGUGCUGGGCUAUGAGGGUUGGCUGGCUGGGUACCAGAUGGCCUUCGACACAGCCAAGUCCAAACUGUCCCAGAACAACUUUGCCCUGGGAUACAAGGCUGGGGACUUUCAGCUCCACACCAAUGUUAACGACGGUACAGAGUUCGGUGGCUCCAUCUACCAGAAGGUGAACUGCCACUUGGAAACAGCCAUCAACCUGGCCUGGACGGCCGGCAGCAACAACACACGCUUCGGCAUCGGAGCCAAAUACCAGCUGGACAAGGACGCUUCCCUGUCUGCCAAAGUCAACAACGCCAGUCUGAUUGGAGUCGGCUACACACAGGUCCUCCGGCCAGGAGUGAAGCUGACUCUCUCAGCUCUGAUCGAUGGGAAGAACUUCAACGCAGGCGGCCACAAGGUUGGCAUGGGCUUUGAGCUGGAGGCAUAAGGAUGGAGGGGAGAGGAGAAGAGGGGGAUGGGUGAAGGAAGGGAAAGAUUCCAAAUCUGACAAAACACACACACACAUACACACGCACAGAGAGAGUGUGUCUUUUGGCCUUAACCCUACAGCCCUUAGCACCCUCUGAGACCCCCAGUACUAUAUUAAAAUGGACAGACUGUCGAGAACCAAGUUGUUUUUUGGUUAGUUUUAGGUUCACCAUCUCUCUGUAUUAUCUCCUUAGCAAUACCACUACGUAAGGGACAUCUGUCAUGCCAUGGCACUGGAGCAGGCAGCCAGUGAGCAAGUCUCAAAUAACACUCUAUUCACCAGGAGUUUACUAAUUCACAUAGGGCUCUGAUCAAAAGUGGUGUACUGUAUGCAGAACAGUGUGUUUGAAACAGUCUGAAGUCAACCUUUUGUUCCACUUCCUCCCCAUAAGCAGACAUAUCCUCUUUUCUGUGUGUGCACCUUUUUAGUAGGGUUUGAUUGUGUGGUAUACUUUCCCUUUGACUGAGAUCAUGUGUUUAAUCUACUUUUGACUUGUGACAAAAAAAAAAGUUUGAUUGACAGUGUACUUUUGUUUGUGUAUUUGUGGUAUACUCUAUUGAUUCAAUCAAAGCUAGAGGGGAGUUGUUUUCAAGGAAUAACUUAUUUUUUAAAUGUCAUGAUGUUCCGUUGUCCCAGACCUUUUACAGGCCUGUUUGUGGAAGGAUGUCCACUUUCAGUGAUAUAUAAACAGGGACACAUUGACACGAGCAUACUGCAAUAAAAUGGGUGGCUAAGAACUUGAAAAUGAGACCGGUUGAGUUUCUGUUUCCAAAUCAGGGAAAUAUCUGUAGUACAGAGAACUUGGAAGAUUCCACCUUGACAGUAAGAUUUGUUGACUGACUUGUAUUCCCAUUCCAGAACAUAAAGCAAUGUAACAAUAGCUGAAUGUUCUGCCCAGAGCCAUACAUUUAGAAAGUUAGGCCAACAUUCUGUUACAUAGCAUUGUUUAAAUAUUCCCCAUGUAAUGUUAAGGAAGCUAACAUGGCUGCCAUAGAAUGUUUAAGUGUCAUGUAAAUGCAUCAAAAUGCAGAAACCGCAUUGGCCUACUAAAUACAUGGUUCUGGUUCUGCCUAAUGUCCCACUGUUUUCUCAAUGUCUCCUGUUACUUCUGUUUUGACCAUUUCAACUCUCUGUGUGUAAGUAUCUCUGAUUGCCAAACUAAUACCCCAUACAUUUCUCCAUUUGAAUUCUCUUAUUUUGGUUUAGAGUUUUGAGAAGGCAUACAGGCAUGGUGGAUAUCUUCCUUACCUCUUUGUAAAAAAAAAUUGGGGGUAUUUUAUUUUCGGAACUCUACCACUAUCAUGCAAUUUUGUGUCUGCUGUGCUUGGGAGAGGGAAGGUUGUCAAUAGUUGAAACCUCAAACUGGAAUUCAUGGAAUAAAGAAGAAUUUCAAAAUCGUU